AUGCUGUCAAGAGCUUCUCCUCUCGCCCGGUCGGCCUUCCGAUCGGCCCAGCCCGUCGCACGUCGUGGCUACGCUGGCGCUCCCAACGCUGCUGCCUCAAAUACUCCCCUCUUCCUUGGUCUCGCUGGUCUCGCCGGGCUUGGAGGCUACGUCUACCUUCAGCGCAACCCCUCCAUCGGCGCCAAGGCCAAGUCGGAGCUGCACGAUGCCAAAGACCAGGCAAAGAGCAAGUUUGAGGAUGUCAAGGGGGACGCAAAGGCCAAGUUGGACCAGGUCAAGGGGGAGGCCAAAGCAGCGACGGCCACGGCGUCUACUGCUGCUGCUGGGGCGUUGGUAAAGGACGCAUGGGUGCCAUUCAAGCUUGAGUCGGUCGAGAACUACAACCACAACACCAAAAUCUACCACUUUACUUUCGGAGAGGGGAACGAGAACAAGUCUCGAGGCGGAGAGAUUCCCAAUGCGCUAUUGGUGCGCUCGCCGGAGGGAGAUGGAGAGGUCAAGGAUGCCAAGGGAAAGCCUGUCAUCCGCCCCUACACUCCCAUCUCUGGUAACGACCAGAAGGGUGGUCUCAGCCUCAUGAUCAAGGAGUACAAGGAUGGCCUCCUCACCCCAUACAUCAGCGCUAUGAAGCCCGGAUCCGAACUUCUCUUCAAGGGUCCUAUCCCAAAGUUCAAGUAUGAGCCCAACCAGAUCGACCGAGGACUUUGCGUUUCGGGUGGCUCUGGUGUCACACCGAUGUACCAGCUCAUCACCCACUCGCUGAGCUUGCCGGAGGACAAGACCAAGUGGACCUUGGUCUUCUCGAACGUGACCGAGGCCGACAUUCUCCUACGUAAAGAGUUUGACGCACUGGCCAAGAAGAACCCGGACCGCUUUGAAGUGAAAUAUGUGCUCGACAAGCCGCCCAAGGGAUGGAAGGGCGAGACCGGCUUCGUCACUCCCGAAAUGAUCUCCAAGGUCUUCCCGAAGGGCGACGAUCGGGUCAAGGCGUUCGUCUGUGGUCCUCCCCCACAGGUCAAGUCGCUCGCUGGACCAAAAGACGGGCCGAGGCAGGGUGAAUUGUUGGGCGCGUUCAAGGAUCUGGGGUACAUGGCGGACGAAGUCUUCAAAUUCUAG